AGCUUCCUAAAUUUAACCUACGAAAUUUGAAGUUUGGAGAAGCUUCAAGAAGUGAAUACCCGAUAACAAUGGAGGAAUCACACCCCCAUUUCGAAAACUUCGACGACCCUUUCUCUACCAAACAUUCCCGUCUACCAGACGACACCGUAUUCUACUCCAUCUACCCCGACUUUUCUCUCUCCUCAACCUCUUCAGCCGCCGUCUCCGACCACCUCCAAUCUCUGCACCUCCAAAUCCUCACCACUCUCUCUCCUCUCACCGCCGACUACAUUUGGCAACAUGAACCUUUCUCCCUUUCUCUCUCCGCCGCAGACGAACUCCCUCACCUCCACGGCAAGCUUAGAUAUGGCGACAAUCUGGACGAUGAAUGGUUCGUCGUCUUCCUCCUCUUCCAUCUUUCUCUCUCCUUUCCUUCUCUAUCUAUCCGUGUUUGGGACUCCGACGGUGAGUUUCUUCUCAUUGAAGCCGCCUUUCACCUCCCUCGCUGGAUCAAUCCCGAAAAUUCCGCUAAUCGCGUUUUUAUUCGAAAAAAUGAGGUUCAUAUUAUCCCUAAAAAGAAGUUUCCCUCUCUCCCUUCUUUGAAAGAUGCACUCAAGUUGUUAACUGAGCAUUCCGAGCUUACUAGAGCUUCGGAUUCAGUUCAAUCGGCGAUUAAGGGUCGGAUUUCGGAUUAUCCCGAGAGAGCGCGGCGAAAUGUUCAUCGUGUUAGGGUUAGGGUUCCGGUUUCAGUUGCUCAGGUGUUGAGGCAUGAGCCCUGUCUAAUAUCCUUGGCGGUUGAGGGGUUUUAUGAUCGUGAUAUUGAUACCAUGAAAUAUGCGGCAAACAUGGAGAAGUUUUUGCCUAAGGGGCGUGAGGAGGAGCUGGUGCUGGUAUCUCUGAAAACGUCCAGGGCAAUGUAUGCUCAAUUGUUGCAGCAGAAGUUUCAGGCUCCUAAAUGUUAUCCAAUGCCACCAAUGCCACCCAGGACAGAUCAGACUACAUACAUGGAGGCUGAGCUGGGGAUGAAGAUUGCUUGUGGGUUUGAGAUGAUGUAUCAGCAUAGGAAGAGAGAGGGAAAGGAAGGGAAAGGAAGUACUUGGGAGGCAUUUAGGGAGAGCUUGGAGAGGAGUGGGUAUUUUCAGGGACUGCUUCCAGGAUCUAAAGAGCACAAGAGGUUGAUGGAGAAGGCGGAGGAAUACUACACAAAAAGUUCCUUGCAUUAUAAGGCCAGCGAAAUGCUAAGUGCUCCAGUGAAGCGCAUAGACGAGAUUCUGUCUUCAUCACACUCCCCAGAGGAUUUCAAGGAUCAAGAAGUGCCUUUGUCUGAUAAUGAUUCUUGGCUUUAUGGCGGGGAAGAAGAGUUGAAAUCUGUUCUUGAGGAGAGACAAAGGGAGAUGGAAAAUUACGAGCAACGCCAGAAAAGGAAACAGAAAGGAAAAGAUAAGGUCAAUGAUGAUGAUUCAUCCAACCAAAAUAAGAAUGAUUUUGAUUUAGGGGAUGUAGCAAAGUCCAUGAAGUCAUUUGUACAAAAAGUAUCAAGUUAUCAAGGAGCAGAAGUACCUGAAGACAGGGACCUAACUGAUGUGGAAUUUGACAUGGACCGCUUCAUGAAAGAGCUUGAAUCCGCAACAAGGGCUCCUGGUGGCAAAGACGGUGGUAGUGAUGUUGAUGCCGAGGAGGGAUCUUCCUCUGACAUGGAUUUCGAUGAGUCUGAGGAAGAGGACGAGAGUGAUAUGGAAGAAUCUGAGGAGCAUAGUGAAGAUAAGCAGAAGAAUUUUAUGAAUGCUUAUACAGAGGUUCUUAACGAAGAGCUGAAAAGCACCACUCUUAAGAAAAGCUUUGUGCGUGCAACUGAUCAAUCUCCAAAGGAAGAUAAGGGCGCGCCAAAUGUUACAGAAGAAGACAUGGACGAAGAGUUAACUCCGGUGGAUGUAGAUCUGAACCUUGUGAAGAGCUUGCUCGAAUCGUUUUCUUCUCAGCAAGGUCUCCCUGGUCCUGCUUCCAACUUGCUUGGUCUUAUGGGAAAGCAACUCCCUCAUGACGAUGCUGGUGAAGGCAAAGGCAAAGACCGAUGAAAAAACAUCUUCAUUUGCUGCUAUUGAGUCUCUUGUUAAACAUUUCAGGAGUUUAGCGGGUGAAUGUUGUUUGUACAGUGAAAAUUGUAAUUCGUUGUAUGUUGGUAAUGUUGUAUUACGGAGUAUAUCAACACCCUUCUAUCUAUGUACCUUACCUGAGUUGCUACA